CCAGAUCCAAACUCAUGUUGCUUCUUCAAGUGGCGUUGACGCGAAACAUUCAAGGUCACAAGUGGCAGGUGCCAGAUUGCCAAGGGAAAUAGGUAAUGUGCUUAAAUAGUCCCUCGUAGUCUUAGCUUUAGCCUUAACUUACCUUAUCCUUGGCUCUCACGUCUUGAUCUCGAUAUUGAACUUCCCCUCUUUACCUUGACCUUACUUGUUCCUUGUACUACACAACCUACUUAUACCCACCUGCUACAUCAUCGACUCUUGUUAAUUCCUCAGACGUCGACCUACCACAAAUUUCUCGCACAACAUCGUUGUUGCACUCUAUAACAACAUCUUCAUCGAUCGUGUACUUUUCAAAUCCUACUUCGAUGGCCGACUUUGCUCCCCCGUCUGGUCCGCCUCCUCCUAAGGCCCCCGAGGUUCCUGCCGGAUGGGCCGUGCGAUGGAACGAACAAUACAAGGAAUGGUUCUACGUCAACAUUUACACAAAACAAUCGCAAUGGGAAAAGCCCACUGCUCCCGUCUUUCCAGCUGAUGAUGCCGCGCCCGCCGGCCCUCCUCCCGGAUACGACCAAGGCAAUGCGCCCAUCCCUACAGACACCAAGAAGAACCCCUACGAGGACCAUCGCGAUCAGUCGGCUGGUGGUCCUUCCGAAGAUGAAGACGCUAAGCUAGCUGCGAAGCUACAGGCCGAGGAAGACGCCCGCGCUCGUAGUGGUCCUGGUGGUCCAGAUGUUCCUGCGGGAUACGGAGCAUCAAAUAGUCCAUACCCUCAGAGCAACAGUCCCUACCCCCAGAACAACAGCCCGUACCCUCAACAACAAGGGGGCAGUUCUUAUCCCACAGAACUUCCCCCUAGAGAACGUGGUGCUAAGAGCGGUGGUGGAUUCUUAGGCAAGUUGCUCGGCAAGGGCAAGCAGAUGGCUGGAGGCCACCAACAAGGCGGUGCCGGUGGUUACGGCGGCUCGCAGGGUGGCUACGGAGGUGGUUAUCCUCAACAACAGUACUACGGCCAACAGCCCCAAGGCUAUCCUGGACAAGGUCCUCCAAUGGGCUACGGCGCCCAACCUCACUACGGCGGCGGUUAUGGCGCGCCGGGAGGUUACGGUGGCUAUGGUGGGGCUCCUGGUUACGGAGCUCCUCAUGGCGGCGGCUUUGGUGGUGGUGGCCGUAAACCUGGUGGUGGUGGUAUGGGCAUGAUGGGAGGUGCUGCUCUCGGUGCUGGUGCUGGUCUGCUUGGUGGUGCCAUGAUCGCAAACUCUUUUGAUAACGAUGAACAAGACGCCUACCAGGAUGGUUUCGAGGAUGGUGCUGAUUUCGGCGAUGAUGGCGGUGACUAAGGAGCGUCAUACGUUCUGCAUGGAUUUGCUGAAGAGGAGUCUCAGUGUGAUAUUUCCGACUUGCGCUCGAAAUUGGUUUUGCUUUGAGAUUUUUUGGGCAGGGCAGGAAUUGGGUAUGGAACGAGGAUAUGAUGACAAUAGGCUGUGCGUAACUACGCCGUGACUAGUAGCUAACUAAGUUUUAUACCUCUACAACGAACUGAUGAGGGAAGGUUCAACGGAAUAAUGAUCAUUGCUAAAUGCAUACAAUGCCAUA